CUUCUCUCUCAACAUCUGCUUGAGCUAUCCUUUGACCUCUGUCACGCUGGUCGAAUCGCCUGUGGUGAAAUGUCCCGCUAGCAUCACUUCAGACGUGAGGAGCAGCUAGCGGCUAGCGGGGACUCCACGGCCCAAGAAAACUUUUUGCCGUCUCCCAUGAGCCGACUGACCAAUCUUUUCUGUGUGGUCGUUUCUAUGCCAUUCGGGUUGUUGCUGGGGUGAAUGGGGUGUAUUCGUCUAGUCUCAGCCGAUCUGAGGCGUUUUUCACCCGGCGCCCCCCACAGCGGCAGAAGUAACGGGACGGCUCGCGCUCAGAGACCCCGCGGGCCCGCACCUCACCUCCCACCGAGCCGACGCUAGUUACCCUCCGCCUGGUGGCGGUUUACUCCCCACUCUGCUGCUGCUUUUACCAACAACCGAUGCAGCAUGCCGUGGGGCCGGCGGAGUUCUCGACUCUUGCUCGGACUGGGUGGCCUGGCCGUGCUGGGUAUGCUGAUGACGUGGAUCGCGCUGGGGAGAAAUCCACAGGCCCGGCGGCGCCUGGUCCCGGCUUGGGAUCGGGGCACCAGCGCACCCAGGCCCGAGGACAGGGUCGAGAGACCCGCACAGACUCAGGACUUUCAGGUACAGCGUGACAUACAGAACUACACAAUCCAGUCAGUAUGCAGGAGAGAAGGCAUGCCCAGAUCACCAUACGACCUGGAACCUUGGGAGCAGAAAACCCUCUUCAGGCAUAUCAUCGUGAACGACAAAUACAAGUUCCUGUACUGCUACAUACCAAAGGUGGCCUGUUCAAACUGGAAGAAGGUUAUCAAAGUUUUGGACGGUAAAAUUGAGCAUGUAGAGAAGAGGGUUAAGAUGGAUCAUCGUAAAGACCUGGUGUUUUUAUCAGACUUGCCACCAGAUGAAGUUCAAAGUCGCCUGAAGAGUUACUACAAGUUUAUGUUCGUACGCGACCCGACGCAACGCCUGCUGUCGGCUUAUCGGGACAAAUUUGCCAACAAGGCUAACGCGGAUUUCCCUCAUAAAUACGGGAAAGACAUUAUCAGGAAGUAUCGUGAAGAUCCACCGGAGAACACCACAGGAACAGACGUGACGUUCUCAGAGUUUGUUCACUAUCUGUCAGACACUGAUCCGCGGUACAUGAACGAACACUGGCAGCCGUUCACCACGCUCUGCCAGCCCUGCUCCAUCCAGUACGACUACAUCGGGACGCAGGAGAACCUGGAGGCAGACGCCAAUCACGUCUUACGGGCCGUCGAUGCUCCACCCGACAUCAGGUUCCCCCAGAGACAGCCAUGGUACAAGCCCACCGACAAGAACAUUCUGCGACAGUACCUGUCUGAAGUACCACCACAGUUCCUGAAGGAUCUUAUACCAAAGUACAGCAUGGAUUUUAUCAUGUUCGCCUACCCCAUCCCUGAUACAAAUUAACCAUGGUAUGAUACCCCAUCCCUGAGCUUCUCAAUAAUUAACUAUGGUGUGAUACUACAUCCCUGAGCUUCACAAAAAUUAACCAUAGUAUGAUACCCCAUCCCUGAGCUUCUCAAUAAUUAACCAUGGUGUGAUACCACAUCCCUGAGCUUCUCAAAAAUUAACCAUGGUAUGAUACCCCAUCCCUGAGCUUCUCAAUAAUUAACCAUGGUGUGAUACUACAUCCCUGAGCUUCUCAAAAAUUAACCAUGGUAUGAUACCCCAUCCCUGAGCUUCACAAAAAUUAACCAUGGUAUGAUACCCUAUCCCUGAGCUUUACAAAAAUUAACCAUGGUAUGAUACCCCAUCCCUGAGCUUCACAAAAAUUAACCAUGGUAUGAUACCCCAUUGCUGAGCUUCACAAAAAUUAACCAUGGUAUGAUACCCCAUCCCUGAGCUUCUCAAAAAUUAGCCAUGGUGUGAUACCACAUCCCUGAGCUUCACAAAAAUUAACCAUGGUAUGAUACCCCAUCCCUGAGCUUCACAAAAAUUAACCAUGGUGUGAUACCCCAUCCCUGAGCUUCUCAAAAAUUAGCCAUGGUGUGAUACCACAUCCUUGAGCUUCUCAAAAAUUAACCAUGGUAUGAUACCCCAUCCUUGAGCGUCACAAAAAUUAACCAUGGUAUGAUACCCCAUCCCUGGUAUGAGAUCUAUUAUUUCAACAGUAGGAUUUAACUUUCAACUGUACUUAACUUGAGAAGUAGGUUGUUACAGACUCUUUCCUAAAAGAAUUAUGGAACCAAACAGCAAUAUGGACAAUCAAUCUAUUUGGUUGAACCCCUUCAUAGCAUAUGGAUACAAAAUGUGGAUUUAUAUUGUAUUACAUGUACGUGCUAAUAAUCUAUAUAGUGAUAUACAUGAUAUGAUAUGUCAUGAGAAACAGAAUCAAAGUCUUCCCACCAACCUGGUAUCCAGGUCUACAAAUUUCUUUGCCAGGUCAGGAGUUGGCAAUACUCGACAUGAGUGUAUGAUGUGACAGGUACUAGUGACUUUCUAGUACUCCACCGAUUCCCUUCAAGUGCCUUUCACAACUCUGUAUGUUAAAAUAGAUGUGCAUAUUCUUAUAUUGAAGAAAUUCUAUUUUGUCAUCUUGUAAAAUGAGUGCCAAAAACAAGUCCAUGUCCACAGAGAUUAUACGCCAGUUCACAGUUUAAAUUUUGCAUGUGUGAGGUCAAAAAAAGGGUAAAGGCCCCUAACUUGUUCUUGUGUCUAGACCAUGCUUGAUACUAUGUUUAGACGUGUUUUGUUUAUGUCUUAUAGGGGCUUUCAACUUUGACAUACCCACCGUGCAUCAGACUGCACAGCUGAAACUAUGAAUUAUCUCAUUGUGACGCCCAUGUGCCAUGUCUUCUCACCUCUGUCUGUAUACUUCUCACAGAGUUAAACAUUUCUAAGUAAGAAUGCUCAUCACUGAGUCUACGGUGCCAAUGGUUAGUUUUUGUCGCAAAGAUUUAAUGUUAAAAAUAUUUGCAAUAUUACAGUAUUUAGUAGCUUGCUGACCAAACCAAUUUUACCUUUACCUCCUAUGUCCUCUCUGCAAAUAGUUGCGGAGAGGUUGUAGAGACUCCUCAGUGUCAGCUAAAAUGGAUUUGGUCACCAGCGUAGCUAUUUACAAUACUACUAUAGUUAACAUUGAUAGUAACUUUGUAUACUUUGCUGUUUCUUUACUGUAGCUUUAUGAAGCUACAACAUUAUGAAAUUGUGCUUUUCCAAUUAUGUUAUUAUUAUAUAAUCUGGUAAAUGUUGUUAUUCAGAAAGAUACUAGAGGUAGAAGAAUGUAGGUAACCUACAGAGCUGUAUUUUUUGUUGCAUAGAUUUAAGUUAUGAUUUUGAGCGUGUAUAGAUGGUGACUCCAAUGGAGUUAGGAGCUGUGUUUUCUUGCUGUUUGAGGAAAAGGCUGAGACAUACACCUUCUCAUUCUGUUCUUAAACCUGUCAAAUUAAGCAUUUAUAAUGUAGGUAAUGUUCAGUAUGGGCGAUAGGCCACCAAGUUUUUUUUUUU